AAACCCUUCCUUUUUCUUUUUUGCCCUUCUUCUUCUUCUUCAUCUUUGUCUUUUUGAAAAACAAAACGGUGCCGUUUGUGGCGAUUGCGGCGGCGAGAAAAUCAUUAGAUUGUCGUCUGGGUUUAGGAUAUGAAGUGGACGACAAGUCGGUUGAAGAGAGGAAUAGAGAUAUGAGAAAUAGUAGCGAAAUUAUUGGUACAAUCGUCGGUGUCGGCGGCGGCGGCGGCGGUGGCUCUGAUUCCUUAUUAGAUGCUAAGCUUGAGCAGCAUCAGCUGUGUGGAUCCAAACACUGCCCUGGUUGUGGCCAUAAGCUUGAAGGAAGGCCGAAUUGGGUUGGUUUACCAGCUGGAGUGAAAUUUGAUCCGACAGAUCAAGAAUUGAUAGAACAUUUGGAAGCAAAAGUUAAAUCAAAAGACAUGAAAUCUCACCCUUUGAUUGAUGAGUUCAUACCCACAAUUGAAGGAGAAGAUGGGAUUUGUUAUACACAUCCUGAGAAACUUCCAGGAGUUACUCGAGAUGGGUUGAGUAGGCAUUUCUUCCACAGGCCAUCGAAGGCGUACACAACGGGGACGAGGAAGCGGAGGAAAAUCCAAACGGAGUGCGACUUACAGGGCGGGGAAACGCGGUGGCAUAAGACGGGAAAGACGAGGCCGGUGAUGGCGAAUGGGAAGCAAAAGGGGUGCAAGAAAAUCUUGGUUCUUUACACCAAUUUUGGGAAGAACCGGAAGCCGGAGAAGACUAAUUGGGUUAUGCAUCAGUACCAUUUGGGUCAGCAUGAAGAGGAGAAAGAAGGGGAGCUUGUUGUGUCUAAGAUAUUUUAUCAGACACAGCCACGGCAGUGUAAUUGGUCGGAGAGAGCCGUUGCGGCGGCUGAGGGUAGUUUUGAGGUUGCUAAUUUGAGCCGGCGGGAGAAUGCUGCUAGUGGGAGCUGUUCUUCUAUGGCGCAGACUGAGGAUAUGUCUCCAGCCGCCACGGCCAGUGUCGGAGGCUCCGUUGCCAGCUUCAGCUCGUUGGACAUUCAACCCCACCUCAAAUCUGACCAUUUUGGGUUCGUACCAUUUAGAACAUGUUUCGACCAGGUGGGAAUGGAGGAGGGUUCAACAGGGAGAAAAAUGGGUAUACAGGACGGAAGAGGCGGCGGCACAUGCAGCGGCGGCGGCGAGUUUGAGUUGAGAGACCACCGUCAUGAAAGAACAUCAGCUCUAGAUCAUCAUCAUCAUCAGCUUGUGGUGGCCCACGAUGAGCAUCAUCAUCAUCAUCAUCAUUCUGUUGUUAACCAUCAUCAACCAACCACAGCCUUCCACGUCACCUCCAAUCCGACUCAUCAAAUCUCCACCAUCAUCUCCCCUUCUCCUCUUCUUCUUCUCGAUCACGAUUCAUAUCAUCUUCAUCACUCUCCUAUCAUCCUCCAAAAUCAACCCUUUCAUCAGCAAGAAGGUGAAAGUGAGCAUCAUAAAAUGGGAGGAAGGUCGGCGUCAGGCUUGGAAGAACUCAUCAUGGGCUGCACUUCUUCUUCUUCCAUCACACACCAACCUGAAACAUCUAUAGCGAGUGGUCGAGAGGCAGAUCCGUGGAUGAAGUAUUCAUCUUUUUGGCCGGACUCGGACAACCCGAAUCUCCAUGGUCAUGGAUAGCCGAUUGAAUAACGAGACAAAAUCAUCAUUCUCUCUUCAAUGGUACGUCGCCAAAGUUCAUACAAAUAUAUUUCUUAGCGUGGGCACUCGAGAAAACCCGAGCCAAUAAACCGUGGAUCUACCCGUUUCCCUUCCCGGAUUCUAAACCCGACCGAUAUAGGUAUUGACCCUUUUACCCUUUGCUAGAGAGAAAGAGUAGAAUGAAAGGGAAAAGAAUAUGAGAGAGAAGGAAGGGAAUGGAAUAAGAAAGAGAGAAAAACCAAAACCAUGCAUAUAAAUAUUUAUUUAUAUAUAUUAAUAUAUAUCUACA